UUGCAGCCGCCUCGGUCGCGAUGGGGGCGCAGGACCGGCCGCAGUGCCACUUCGACAUCGAGAUCAACCGGGAGCCGGGAUUUUAACCAUUCUAAAAAAAAGUGAUCCAACAGAAAGCGGAAAUUAUUGAAUAAUAUCAUUAAUAUCACACUCAAGUAAAACUUUGCCGAAUAUCAUUCAAAAGCGGUUGCAGCAGUACAUUGACAAGGAACUUCCGGAAGUUCAAGCUGGAUUCAGAAGAGGACGUGGAUGAGAGAUAUCAUUGCUGCUGUUACAUGGAUCUUGGCUGAGAGCAGAGAAUACCAGAAAGAUGUUUACCUGUGUUUUAUUGACUGUGCAAAGGCAUUCGACUGUGUGGAUCAUAACAAAUUAUGGAUAACAUUGUGAACAAUGGAAAUUCCAGAACUCUUAAUUGUGCUCAUGCAGAACCUGUGCAAAGACCAAGAGGCAGUCAUUUGAACAGAACAAAGGGGUCCUGAGUGGUUUAAAAUCAGAAAACGUGCGUCAGGGUUGUAUUCUUUCACUAUACUUAUUCAUUCUGUGUGCUGAGCAGAUAACCUGAGAAAGUGGGCUAUAUGAAGAAGAACUCAGCGUCAGGAUUGGAGGAAGACUCAUUAAUGACCCGCGAUGCGCAUAUGACGCAAUUUUGCUUGCUGGACGGGAGAAGGACUUGAAACACUUCUGAUGAAAAUCAAAGAUUACAGCUUUCAGUGUGGAUUACAGCUCAACAUAAAGAAAACAAAAAUCUUCACAACUGGAUGAUUAAGCAAUAUCAUGAUAAAUGGAGAAAAGAUUGAAGUUGUCAAGGAUUUCUUUUUACUUGGAUCCACAGUCAACACCCAUGGACGUAGCAGUCAAGAAAUCAAAAGACGUAUUGCAUUGGGCAGAUCUGCUGCAAAAGACUUCUUUAAAGUGUUAAAAAGCAAAGAUGUCACUUUGAGGACUAAGGUGCAUCUGACCCAAGCCGUGAUAUUUUCAGUUGCCUCAUAUGCAUGUGAAAGCUGAACAAUGAAUAAGGAAGACUGAAGAAGAAUUGAUGCCUUUGAAUUAUGGUGUUGGCAAAGAAUAUUGAAUAUACCAUCGACUGCCAGAAGAAUGGACAAAUUUGUCUUGGAAGAAGUACAGCCAGAAUGUUCUUCAGAAGAAGACUGGCAAGACUUCAUCUCGCAUACUUUGGACAUGUUACCAGGAGGAAUCAGUCCCUGGAGAAGGAUAUCAUGCUUGGUAGAGGGUCGGCGAAAAACAGAAGACCUUCAGUGAGUUGGUCGCAUUAUGUUUCAGCUCUUCUCAGACAUAUGUCCAAAAACAUGCAAAAACUUCCUUUGCCUAUGCUCAGGGGAGAAAGGCCUUGGGAAAACAACUGGGAAGAAGUUAUGUUAUAAAGGUUCUACAUUCCAUCGUGUGGUUAAAAACUUUAUGAUUCAGGGUGGGGACUUCAGUGAAGGUAAUGGAAAAGGUGGAGAAUCAAUUUAUGGUGGAUAUUUUAAAGAUGAAAACUUUAUUCUCAAACAUGACAGAGCGUUCCUUUUGUCAAUGGCAAAUCGAGGGAAACAUACCAAUGGUUCCCAGUUUUUCAUCACCACAAAACCUGCACCACACCUGGAUGGGGUGCAUGUUGUCUUCGGACUAGUUAUUUCUGGUUUUGAAGUAAUCGAACAAAUUGAAAAUCUGAAAACUGAUGCUGCAAGCCGGCCAUACGCAGAUGUGCGAGUUAUUGACUGUGGGGUGAUUGCCACGAAAUCAGCAAAAGAUGUUUUUGAGAAAAAGAGGAAGAAACCAACUCAUUCAGAGGACUCAGAUUCCUCCUCCAGUUCUUCUUCCUCUUCAGAAUCAUCUUCAGAAAGUGAAAUUGAACAUGAGAGAAGCAGAAGAAGGAAACAUAAGAGAAGGCCAAAGGUUAAACAUUCUAAAAAGAGACGGAAGGAAGCAAGCGGCUCAGAAGAGCCGAGGAGCAAACACUCAGUGAGCCCAAAAGGUCACUCUGAGAGGAGUGAUGCCAAUGAAAAACAGUCAGUCGAUCCAAAUGCGAAGCGGGAAAAGCCUGUGGUCCGCCCAGAAGAGAUUCCUCCAGUGCCUGAGAACCGGUUCUUACUGAGAAGAGAUAUGCCUGCUGUCACUGUGGAACCUGAACCGAAGAUUCCUGAUGUUGCACCCAUCGUAAAUGAUCAGAAACCAUCUGUAUCAAAGUCUGGACGGAAGAUUAAAGGAAGGGGCACAAUUCGCUAUCACACACCUCCACGAUCAAGAUCAUGUUCUGAGUCAGAUGACGAUGACAGCAGUGAAACGCCUCCACACUGGAAAGAGGAGAUGCAGAGGUUAAGAGCGUACAGACCACCUAGUGGGGAGAAGUGGAGUAAAGGAGAUAAGUUAAGUGACCCUUGUUCAAGCCGAUGGGAUGAAAGAAGCUUGUCGCAGAGAUCCAGAUCGUGGUCUUGUAAUGGGUACCAUUCAGACCUCAGUACAGCAAGACAGUCUGAUGGUCACCAUAGAAAACGCAGAAAGGAGAGAAAGGCUAAGCAUAAAAAGAAAGCUAAAAAGCAGAAACAUUGCAGAAGACACAAGCAGACUAAGAAGAGAAGAGUUACUGUACCUUCUGACGUAGAAUCCUCAAAAUCUUCCACCCGACGAAUGAAAUUUUCUUGUGAUAGAGAGAGGAGAACUCGUUCUUCCUCACUGUCAUCUCGUCACUCCUCAAAGAGGGACUGGUCUAAAUCUGAUAAAGAUAACCAGAGCUCUUCAACCAAUUCCAGCAGAGGCUCAUACAGAUCGAAGUCUCGCUCGAGGUCUUACUCUAGAGGAAGCUCAAGAUCAAGGACUGCAUCAAGAUCUUCAUCACAUUCUCGAAGUAGAUCAAAGUCUAGAUCUAGUUCAAAGUCAGGUCACCAAAGGACAGCAUCAAAAUCACCAAGAACAGCCUCUCAGUUAAGUGAAAAUAAACCAGUUAAAACAGAACCUUUAAGAGUAAUGGUGCCACAGAAUGAAAACAUAGUAGUCCAACCAGUGGUGGCAGAAAAUAUUCCUGUAAUACCGUUGAGUGACAGUCCCCCCCCGUCAAGGUGGAAGCCUGGGCAGAAGCCUUGGAAGCCCUCGUAUGAGCGAAUUCAGGAAAUGAAAGCUAAAACAACCCAUUUGCUGCCCACCCAAAGCACUUACAGCUUAGCAAAUGUGAAAGAGACUGGUAGUUCAUCAUCCUACCAUAAACGAGAAAAACAUUCAGAAAGCGAUCGGAGUGCUUAUUCAAAAUACACCGAUAGAAGUUCAGAAAGUUCACCAAGGUCCAGGAGCAGAUCUUCUAGGAGUAGAUCUUAUUCCAGAUCAUAUACCAGGUCACGUAGUCUGGCUAGCUCUCAUUCAAGGUCUAGGUCACCAUCAUCUGGAUCACAUUCACGAAAUAAAUACAGUGGCCAUUCAGAAUAUAGUAGAUCAUCUUCGUACUCCUCUGUCAGCAGUGAUGAUAGAAGACGAACCAAGAGGAAAUUUAGAUCCAGUGGGAAGAAAAACAGCACUUCGAGUACAAGGCACAGCAGCAGCUCUGAGAAGGCACUUGGCAGUAAAUACGUCAAGGGCAGAGACAAGUCUUCAUAUCAGAGAAAGUACAGCGAGAGCAGGUCGUCUUUAGAUUAUUCUUCAGACAGUGAAAGGUCAAGUGUUCAGGCUGUACAGUCAGCUCAGGAAAAAGAGAAGCAAGUCCAAAUGGAAGUAACUAAUAAUAAACAAGAGAAAAAGAGAGAUGAAGAGAAAUCCAAGCCUGAACGGGAAUGGCCUCGUUCAAAAAAAAGAACUUUGAAAGAAAAUCUUUCUGAUCACGCUAGAAAUGGCAGUAAGCCCAAAAAGAAGAAUUAUGCUGGGAGUAAAUGGGACUCUGAGUCAAAUUCAGAACGAGAUGUGACUAAAAACAGUAAAAAUGAUUCUCGGCCAUCUUCUGAUAAAGAAGAAGGUGAGGCCACAUCAGACUCUGAGUCAGAGUUUGGUGAAAUUCACAUCAAAGCCAAACCCACAACAAAGUCUUUAGCAAAUACUUCACUGCCUGAUGGCGGUGGUGUUUGGAAACCAAGCAAACAACGGUCAUCAGCUUCUGAUUCUGGGGGGUCCUGUUCCAAUUCAGAAAACAAUCGAGGAAAGCCACGGAAGCACAAACAUGGGUCAAAGGAAACUCUUAAAAGGGAACACACCAAAAAAAUGAAAGAGAAAUUGAAAGGGAAAAAAGACAAAAAGCACAAGGCUCCAAAACGGAAGCAAGCUUUCCACUGGCAGCCUCCCCUAGAAUUUGGUGAAGAGGAGGAGGAAGAGAUAAAUGAAAAGGAAAUUACUCAGGAGUCAAAAGAGAAAAAACAGGUUUCUGAAAAUGGUGAAACCAUAAAAGAUAACACUCAGAAAAAUGAGAAGCCCUGCGAAGAUGGCAGCAUUUCAGGUAAACCUAAUACAGCAAAUAUCUCCUCAGACCUUGAGCAGCAUACUAAAGAUGGUAGUAAACUCAGCAUUUCUCCCAUGGUUUUAAAUACUGAGGAAAACAUAGCCAGUUCACCCCCAAACAUCCAGCAUACUGAAGAGAGUGUCCCAAGCGGAGUGGAGGACGUGCUUCAAACAGAUGAUAACAUGGAGAUUUGCACCCCUGAUAGGAGUUCCCCAGCAAAGGCAGAGGAGGCUUCCCCUCUAGGAAACUCAAGCUUCGACACCCCAGAUGUAAGCAUUGUUCUCAAGCAGGAUGUGCAGACCGACAACCCUGAGGCGGAGGUAAUAAAACAGGAAAGUGGCGUGUCUGAAAGCAAAAUGACAGGGGAAAAGGGGGAACAGGACAGCGGUGUGGCCAGCUUGGCCAGUGCUGUAGAAAGUACUGGGAAGAGAGAGAUGGCUGAGAAGAGCCAGGCCAGCCUCAUGGAUAACAAGUGGAAGCCCCUGCAAGGUGUGGGGAACCUGGCAGCACCCGCUGUUACCUCAUCCACUGCUGUGGAAGUUAAGGCAUUGACUGCUGGCCCUGAAAUGAAACCACAGGGCUUAAGAAUAGAAAUUAAGAGCAAAAAUAAAGUUCGGCCUGGAUCUCUCUUUGAUGAAGUAAGAAAGACAGCACGUUUAAACCAGAGGCCAAGAAAUCGAGAGAGUUCAAGUGAUGAGCAGACAGCUAGUCGGGAUGGUGAUAGCCAGUCCAGGAGCCUAAGUAGAUCUCGAAGUAAAUCUGAGACCAAAUCAAGACACAGAACAAGGUCUGUCUCCUAUAGUCACUCAAGAAGUCGAUCCCGAAGUUCCACGUCCUCUUACCGAUCAAGAAGCUACUCAAGAAGUCGGAGCAGAGGAUGGUACAGCAGAGGUCGAACAAGGAGCCGGAGCAGUUCCUACCGCAGUUACAAAAGUCAUAGGACAUCCAGCAGGAGCAGAUCCAGGAGCAGCUCGUAUGAUCCCCACAGUCGGUCCAGCAGGUCCUACACUUAUGAUAGCUACUAUAGCAGGAGUCGAAGUCGCAGCAGAAGCCAGAGGAGUGACAGUUACCACCGAGGCAGAAGUUACAAUAGGCGGUCCAGAUCUUAUGGCUCUGACAGUGAAAGUGACCGGAGUUACUCUCAUCACCGGAGCCCCAGUGAAAGCAGCAGAUACAGUUGAAAAUGCCCUUUUUUUGAUACUAAUUAUAUCUUAUUUGUAAAUAUCUGGUGACUUAAAAGUUUAAAAACUUAAUGGCAGUCUGCUGUUCUGUUUCAACAUUAGAGAUGAAAUUUCAAGGGGGUAGACAUUUCUUGUUACACAUUCAUGUUCAUGUGUACGGAAGUAUUUAAAAUAAUACAGACAUGUCUCCUAGAAAUAUUUGUGUGCCACAUUUUACAGUAGCCAACUAUGGAAACAAAUUUCAUUUUCUUGAAUCAAGAAAUCCUGAAAUUUACCUAAGUGUGAUUUACAGUAUUAUUUUAGAUAGACUGUUUCUCUCCAUCUCUUGUAUUCCUUAGAAUACAGAUUCUUUCCCCCCGGUUUUCAGGUUUCAGCGUAUAUGCUGCCAAGCACAGAACUGUGAAGGAGAACUGUUGAAGGCGGCCAAAUAUUUAUAUACCAAUUACAGAGUCUUGUGCAUAUGUGCUCUUAAAAACAAACCACCCAGAAUUGAUGCUGAUGGUUGCCAGGAGUAUGAGGCAUGGCUCUGGGGUUCGAAACUCAUUCCUGACUUCUCGGCUGUCUCAGAGAAUCAGGGGAGUGGCCAUCAUAUAACCCACCGUCUGCAUUACUUCAGGCUAGAGGGCAAGGUUAGGAAGAAUAAAUCAGCCUUAAUUAUAAAUACCUGCACUGUCUCUAAAGGCUUAAUGCUUUGUUUGCUACCAGAAUGCUUUAAAUACUAUCAGAAAUUUAGGGUUGUCAAAAGUCAUCCCGUUCCAGUUGAUGCUUUGGUGCUUGGUGCGUUUUGGUGCCUCUUUAAGCAUUGUUCUUAUAUAUUAUACGUUAGGAUCCCGUAAGAGAGCAAAAUGAAGUGUAUUUUUUUUGAUUCACUAGUACCCAAAAUGGCUCCAUCUGAACUACCUUCACUUUGAAUAUUUAGGGAGCUUCUCCCAAGCAGAGAUAUGGGCAGGGGGUCCCCUGGAACAGGCAGGAUUGGUGUAGUCGGUGCUGUGGCCACCCAGGUCUGUUGUGCAUAACUGGUGUGUCUGCCUCUAGAAGAGUAGAUUAAGGAACGAACUUCAAAAGUGACAUCAAAAUCUAACUACCACCAUCCUGGGGACAUUUUGUAGGGUUUUUCAGCAUUUCAGGUAAGGGGUAUUCCACAACACCAAGGAAACUGUUCAGAGCACCAGCACAUCGCUCCCGCUUCCUCUGUGACCCCCGCCGGCUCCACAAAGCCUGGCAUGACAUGAGGAACCCAGGACACCAGGCAGGGGAGAGGGUGUAGGUACUGCGUAAGUUAGACAUUUCCAAGGCUUUGGGUGGUUCCUCUAAAAAUAAUUUGAGCUGUAAAGACUGGUAGGACUUUUCAAUCUUCAGCUUGAUUUUUCCCCCAAGUGUACUUAAUCACCUUAGUGCCACUUUAAUCCACGUAGGCGGAAGAAAUUCACGUUGGAUGUUUGUAGAACUCUGUCAUCUACCUCAGGCCCUGCCUGGUGUAUUUGGGAAGUAGAAGGGUCCUCAGGUGGGGGCAUGUGACAGCCCUUGGUGGAUGGAGGGGUGACUUCGGGUGAAUUAAAACCAUUGUCCAUGAUAAAUUGCAUAAACAGGGUUAGGUUGUCAAUUGUUUGCCAAGUUGAUAGGCAAAACUGCAUUAGAAGACAGGACCUGAGUAAACAGUACUUGCAAUCAACUCGAAAACAAGGUGUGAUUCAUGUUAAGGGUUUUCAAAAGCGGCCUGCAAAGGAGAAUAUUGCUUUAACUCAUUGGUGAAAAAACUCACUCAGAACCCAGACAGAAACUGCCAAAUCUUAAUUAGGUUAAGAAUAAGUUACCUUCGGGCAGUGUAGUGGUUUUCUAUUGCUGUGUAACAAAUUAGCCCAAAUUUAGCAGCUUAAAACAACCCCUGCCUAUUAACUGGCAGCUGUGUGGGUCAUGACUCUAGCUGGCAUGUUAUGGCUGGAUCCUCUGCUCAGAAGGCUGAAACCAGGAGUCAUCAGGGCAACUUUCCUUUCUGGCUGUCAGGUGAGAGCCUCUCAGGUCCUUAAGGCCACCCAUGUUCCUUCCUUGGGUGCUCCCCUCCAUCUUCAGACCAUCAAUGGCCUGUCAAGUCCUUUUCUUUCUCACACUUGGAUUUCUCCAACUACCGCUUGUUUUAAGGGUUCAUGUGAUUAGAUCAAGGCCUCCCAAAUAAUCAUUAUUUUAAGGUCAGCUGUGCCAUAUAACAUAACGGAAUCACAGGAGUGACACUAUAUUCACAGGCUCCAGGGAUUUCUGUGUGGAACUGAAAGGGGGCGGUACAUUUUAGCAUUCUGCCUACCUCAGGCAGUAACUUUGCCCAUCUCAGCUGUGGGUAUAAUUUUAACCUGAAAAGGGGGGCCCUAGAAGCCACCUUUGUUUUCUCCCUGAAAAGGACAGCCCUCAGCUGCAGCAUUCAGCUUGUGUGUUUACUGAAGUGAACUACAGGAAAAGCUUUUCUUCCUAAAGUGGACUCUUCUGUAUUUUGAAGUUAUUUUUAAUAAAACUGAAUCACGUUAUGUAUUGUGCUUCUUAAUAGAAAAGGCAUUAUUGAGCUGUUUUUGUAACGUCCUGUUUACUGCAAACGAAAUACGAUAGCUGGUAGGGUUCAAAACUGUAGAAAAUACUUUUGUACAUAUUGCCAAUGUCUGAUUUGUAUACACUCCAAUUAGAUUUCCCUACAACUUGGAAAGGGGACCUUGUAGAAAUUAAAGCCUGUACUUAAAGA